UGCUCAUCUGGGCUACGAUUGGCUGUCGGCCGAGGUUGACAUCGUAGAAGAAACCCGACACGUUCCACAAGAUGCGUUUUGGAAGGUGUGAGCUAUCUUGUCUAAAUAUGUGGACUGUGGAGGCGGAGUAGAGAAGAGCGGCGAGAGAGGAGUCGAGUCCACGCAUUGAUUGAUGCGUUGCGAUUUUAACGAUGGCGAUGAACGAUUAGCGAUCCCUUUCCAUUAAUGUGUCUGUUUGCGCACACGUGCGCUCGAAGGAGUGAGGAACUGUGCAACAGCUGGAAUGAAAAGAGAAGUCGACAACUAAAUAAGGAGUAAAUGGAGCAGGUCGACAUCUGUGCGGACAGAAGCGUCCUGUGCCUGUUUGACGUGGAUGGGACUCUGACGCCACCGAGAGAGAAAAUAGAUCCAGAGCUGGAUGAGUUCUUCCAAACACUGCGAAGGAAAGUCAAGACUGGCAUCGUCGGAGGGUCCGACUAUUCCAAGAUUGCCGAACAGCUCGGGGAAGGAGAUGACGUCAUACACAAGUUUGACUAUGUAUUUGCUGAGAAUGGCACCGUGCAGUACAAAGAUGGGAAACUACGUUCAAAACAGGCAAUCCAGAACCAUAUUGGAGAGGAACUGCUGCAGGACUUGAUCAACUUCUGCCUGAGCUACAUGGGGCUCAUCAAACUGCCGAAGAAAAGGGGGACGUUCAUUGAGUUCAGGAAUGGAAUGCUCAACAUUUCUCCCAUUGGUCGGAGCUGCACCUUAGAGGAGCGAAUUGAAUUCUCUGAAAUUGACAAGGACAGUCGGCCUGGCUGCACAUUGACGGCUCACUCAAGCGGACAGAAGAAGUUUAACCCCUCAGCUUCUUGCUCAAAUUCAUACUGUUCACACCAAUAUUCUUUAGCAGACUUUUCUAUGCUGUGUUUUCCUCCACAGAGAGAAAAGAUCAGGGAGAAGUUUGUUGCUGCCUUGAAGGAGGAAUUUGCUGGAAAGGGAUUGCGGUUCACAAGAGGUGGUCUCAUCAGCUUUGACGUGUUCCCUGAAGGCUGGGACAAGAGGUUAUGUCUCGAUUUGCUGGAGAGUGAAGGCCUGGAUGCCAUCUACUUCUUUGGCAAUGAGACGUCAGAUGGAGGAAAUGAUUAUGAAAUCUUUAACGAUCCACGUACGAUCGGCUUCACGGUCUACUCCCCACAACACACUGCCAGGCUUUGUCGGCAACUUUUUUUUGAUGAUCCAUCAAGUGAAUCCUGAUAUUCUUUUCAUUGCCCAAAGAACUUUGCUGAAUGUUUGUUGUACCUGCUAAAAGUCAAACAGUGGAUCUGAACAGGUUGGUUGUGAACUACUGAAAAUGUACCACUACAGAUUUUAUAUGAUGGCUUUAGAGUGGGGGGAGGGGGGGAAAGCGAUGUUAAAGAUGCAUGACUCAAGAAAUAACAGCGAUACUGUUCCGGCUGUAAUGUGCAUGAGGCAUGGCCCAUGAAAGUACUAAAUAUUGUGCUCUACUUAUUAGGCGUACAUGAAACUGUUUUGCUCUGUGUUUGACAUUUUUUAAAUUAAUUUUUAGUACAAAAGAUAAUGAUGGGUUUGUACAUCCGCCUCAUAGUUCUUGAGGUUGCAGGUUCCAAACAGGGAUCCGGCCUUCCUGUGUGGAGUUUGCUUGAUCUACCCAUGCUUGAGUGGGUUUUCUCCGGGUACUCAAGUUUCCUUCCACAUUCCCAAAGCAUGCAUGUUAGCUUCAUUGAAGACUGUAAAGUGAAUUUUAAUCUUUGAAUUUACAGUGAAUUAAUAUUAUGUAAAUGUGUAUAUUGUCUUUUUAGAAGCCGUUCCAUGUACUGUAUGCUAAGUCAGUGAUUAUGUAUCGCUUCUUAUCAUUUUUAUUGACUGUGGUGUCAAAAAGUGGUUAGUGUUCAGAGGAAUAAACACUACAUUUUAUUAAUGA